CGCUCGCCCCUUGUGACGCGACUUGAGCAAUAAUAGUUUACUUUACGGCAUGCCGUGAUUACUACGCGCGUUAAGAUGCGACAAUCCCUACUUCCUUUACUACUGCUGACUACUAUAACACUGUCGUUAAGUGAUGUACUUCCACUAACACCGGUAGACCAGACGGAGGAGCCGGUGGACGGCGACCAAGAAUAUGACAAUACUUUUAACACAGUAGACAAUGAUCGGAAUAUAUUUUAUGAACUAUUCAAAGGAACGGAUAGUGAUAAGUCCAAAUCACGUCGAAAACACAAAACCUAUCCCGUGAAGAUUUUCAACGAUGCGACGCAAAGCGAAAACUACGAUGAUAAAGGUUACAGGAAAGAACAAUGGCACAACUACCCGAGACAGCUGGACCGACUCCAUAGAAGCUCGUACGAGUAUCCAGAAAUUGAAACCGCUAACGACUUUGACUACAGCGAGAAGAAUAAAGGUGAUGAUCCAAUAAUAAGUGAGGAUAUCCUAGGAACUGAUAUUGACGAAGUAGCUGGUCCAUUAUUGAUAUUAAAAAUACGUCUAGCGUUCUUGACCAAUAACAUGAAGAAUAUUAAAAGCAAUAAAAAUUAUAAUACUGACUCAGUAGAAUUAGAUUCGUCAGCGUUGAGUAAGUUUUACAAGGAUGAUGAUCAGAAACUUACGAAUAGAUUAGAUUCAAUAGAAAAUACUAAAAGAGAAGGAGCAAUAAAGUUAAAGAAGAAAAAUCAAACGAUUACAGACACAAACCCACAAGAGAGGAAGUCGGUGAACAAGAGGAUAUUCUCCCUAUGGAGCAGGCUGCAGAGCCUUUCUCACAAGGGCCACGAGCUGCAUCACAGGCGGCACCUGUACUCCUUCUACGGCCUACCAGAGGGUGGGGGCGGAGCCCUAACAGCCGAGACCAGGGCUUCCCUAGUGCGACCACCCGGCUCGCCUCUCCGAUGGGGAUAGACAAUAUAGCGCGUACAGUCAACAAAGUUCCUUUCAAAGUUCUCUACAAGAACAGACAAGACAGUGUCCUAUUUAACUGUCUUUGUAAGUGAAAAAAUGUGUUAACAGUACCUUGAACGUAUUUAUCAAUGAAACAUUAAUUCAGCUUGGUUUCUGGUUUGACCCAGUUUGUUUUCUACCAAAUUGCAAAAUGGUCUUCUUAUAAAUGUCAUAGUUAGGUCAUAAACGUGUUAAUAGUACUGCGUAGAGCACUGCAAUGUUUUUGAGCGAGAAUGCAGCACCAGCAUAGAAAGUAAACAAAAAGAAGGACUACUUCGUACACACUAAUGUACCACUUUG